GAAGGGGCGGGCGGCCGGCGGAGGGGAGCGGGGUCAAUGGCGGCGCUGCGGGCCCGGCGGUGCCGCUCGCUUUGAGAGGCCGCGACAGUAUUCCACAAUGGAAGGGGGAGAUGGCACUGCUGACCUGGUGAUUAACAAGAGGUUCGUGUCUGAAGCAGAGCUAGAGGAGCGGCGAAAGAGAAGGCAAGAGGAAUGGGAAAAGGUCCGAAAACCUGAGGACCCAAAAGAAUGCCCAGAGGAGGCAUAUGACCCACGGUCCUUGUAUGAAAGGCUCCAGGAACAGAGAGAAAAGAAGCAGCAGGAGUUUGAGGAGCAAUUUAAAUUCAAAAAUAUGGUAAGAGGCUUAGAUGAAGAUGAGACACAUUUCCUUGAUGAGGUUUCUCGGCAGCAAGAGCUACUAGAAAAGCAACGAAGGGAAGAAGAGCUGAAAGAACUAAAUGAAUACAGAAGCACUCUCACUAAAGUGGGAGUCAGUAUGGACCCAAAGAAGGAAACUGAGAAGAAAUUGCCCAUGAAGUCAGUGGAAAACAAGAACAAAUUUUCUCAGGCAAAGCUGUUGGCAGGAGCUGUGAAACACAGAAGUUCAGAUGGUGGUAACAGUGUCAAGAGGUUGAAAUUAGACACUGACCACGAGGAAAAGAAUCCAGCACGGACUUUGGUUGGCACGUUCUCUUGUAAAGCAGUAGAAAUGAAAAGCCCUCCUGUGUGUCCCUGGGGAGCAGCUCAGUGGGAGGCUCCACGGUGCACUGUCCCUCAGCAGCCGUGUGCAUCGGGAUCCUGCCUGGCCUGGGCGCCUACUCGGGGAGCAGCGACUCCGAGUCCAGCUCGGACAGCGAGGGCACCAUCAAUUCCACUGGCAAGAUUGUCUCCUCUGUCUUUCGUGGCAACAGCUUCUUUGAUGGUCCAUAACAAAAUCCCUCUGUGUGUAAUGUAGUGCAGAAUAUCUUCCAAAGCCCUGAUGGAUGCUUGUUGCAUCCUUCUGCCCCAAAUAUAAUCUUUCUAGCUAACCUCUCAACUUUAUUACACUCAGAUACUCCUAAAGUAACUCAUUAUUCCCUCCCCCCCUUCCCCCCCAACUUUCCAUUUCUGGGGUGCAUACUGAGCCUGGAAGAAAAGCUGCCAUCCUAAAGCAGAAGGCACACCUAACCAUGUCACAAAGGUCUGAGGGUAUGGAGGAGAGAGCUUUAUCUUUUACAAUUCUUAUGGAAAGAAUUAUGUUGAUUUAAGAAGUUUAUACAAGACUAACAGGCAAAAAAUAAUCACUUGAAGCAGUGAAGUCUUGUAGAAGCAGCCAUGUGUUCUGUUUUAAAAUGUCAUUUUUAUUCUGUAUUUGAAAAAUGGGGGCAGAACCAAAUUUGAGCAGAUGGUGAAGUGUAGAUUGCCAUGACACUGUAAAGAAGUUUUAGUGUUACAUGAUUAAAGACAUUCUGAAUGCA